AUAUUUUUCACAUCCCUAAUCGAAAGAAAGAACCAAAAAGAUUGCGGAAAAGUGCAACAAUUAAUUUCCCCCGCCAUCGCAAUGCUGCCAUGCAUAUAAACGAUCGCGUUCGAUUGAAAAUGCGCUGCUGCGUAUGACCAGAGUUUUCCGAUCGAGCUAAUUGCAGUGUGGUUUUCCGCGUGUGCGUGAGCGAGUGGGAAGAACGCGUGUCCAGGAAAAACGCGCCAACGAAAACGAAGUAACUACCGCCCACCCAGCGAUCACGCGCGCCCAUUUUUCCGUUUUCCAAACGCCCCGGUCACACCGCUCUCCUAAAUGAUAAUGGUGCGCAGACGACAACGGCCCGUCAAGGAAUCCACAUCCUCCUCUUCCUCUGGCGGCGCCUCAUCGGGAUCAGGGUCGGGAAUUCCCGAUGGCCAAACCCUGCCACUGAAUGUGGCGGGAAAUCUGCUGGAGGAUCAGUAUUUUGCCAGCCCCAAGCGGAAAGACUGCCGACUGAUGAAGGUCAGCGAAAAUGGCCAACUGCCGGAAGCCACAAGCGUCCACAAAGGCCAUCAAAACAAAGACAACAAAGCGGGCCGCACAAUAGGGGUUCCCCUGGCCACACGCUCGCAAACGCGCUCCAUCGAGAACUUUUUUAAAGUUAAUGCUGCCGUUAAGGAUUCCCAAAAGACAAUACACACAGAGGAGCAGCAGGAGCAGGAUAUACACCAUCCUGAUCAGCAGCUACAACUGGAAGACCAACAACUCCUAAAGCAGGAAGAUGAGGAGCUAAAGCUGCAGCCUGAGGAGCUGAGCGAUCAUGCAGAUGAACAUCUGCCAUUUGCUGAUGAAGAAGAUGCCAAGGCCGAGCAAAAACUAAUGGACGAGGAACUGCAGCAAGUGGUGGAGGAACUCCUGUUCGACGGCAGUUCUAGAGCCUCCUCAGAUUCGCCUUGCUAUCAGCACGAAAUGGAGGUCAUCCCAGAAAUUCCACACAUCAAAGAGAUCAGCGAACCGCACGAGGCACUGGGCUCCCUGGCCGACUUCCAGACACAUCGCUCCGCAUUGCGAGACAGCCACAGUUCGACGCACAGCAGCAGCACCGACAACAUCUUCCUGCAGGAACCCGUGCUCACCCUGGACAUCGAUCGCACGCCCACCAAAGCCUCCAGCAUAAAGAUCAAUCGGAGUUUCGAACUGGCCGGAGCCGUGUUCUCAUCUCCACCGUCGGUGCUAAAUGCCUGCCUUAAUGGGCGCUUUAAUCAAAUAGUAAGCCUGAAUGGACAAAAGGAACCGCUGGCCGGGCCGAACUUUGACUUGGACCAGCAUGACAGUAGUUCCUGCGAUAGCGGCGUGGCCUGUGGACUCACUGCCAACACAGAAUCGCCAGCGGGAGCUGCAGCUCGUCGUCGGAAACCAGCCACACCGCAUCGCAUACUCUGCCCCUCGCCGAUCAAAACCGGACUGAAGGUUACCGGAGGCAUUUGCAAGGUGGGAUCCACGGAUCCACUAUCGCCGCGCAAGUCGCCGAGGAAAUUGCCCGCCACCACAGCAGCGGUGGCCGCCUGCAAGUCGCGCCGAAGACUGAACCAGCCAAAGCCACAAGCGCCUUACCAGCCACAGCCACAGCUACAGAAACCACCGCCACAGCAGCAGAACGACAUCGUAGUGGUGCUAGACGACGAAGACGAGGAGGAGGACGAGGACGAUGUCCAUGCCCUGCUGAAGGCCGCCGAAGAGCGUGAGAACCAGAACAAAGCACCAGCCACAGCCAACAGCAACAACAACAAAGCGAGCAUAAAGACCAUGCUCAAGCCAGCGCCCGUAAAAGCAAAGACCAAAAGCAAGAGUUCGGCAAAGGGACAACAACCGCCGCUGCCGUUGGCUGCCACCAAUGGCAACCGUGAGAUGACCGACUUUUUCCCGGUGCGAAGAAGUGUGCGCAAGACCAAGACGGCCGUCAAGGAGGAAUGGAUGCGUAACCUGGAGCAGGCGGUUCUCGAGGAGCGCUGCGAGGGUCUCCAAGUGCGCCACUUCAUGGGCAAGGGAAGAGGUGUAGUCGCCGAGCGGCCGUUUAAACGCAACGAGUUUGUGGUCGAGUACGUGGGGGAUCUCAUCUCCAUCAACGAGGCCGCCGAGCGGGAGAAACGUUAUGCGCUGGACGAGAACGCCGGGUGCUAUAUGUACUACUUCAAGCACAAGACUCAGCAGUAUUGCAUCGAUGCUACCGCGGACACUGGCAAGCUGGGACGUCUCAUCAAUCACUCGCGAGCGGGCAACCUGAUGACCAAGGUGGUGCUCAUCAAGCAGCGGCCGCAUCUCGUGCUUCUGGCCAAAGACGACAUCGCGCCUGGCGUGGAACUGACCUACGACUAUGGCGAUCGCUCCAAGGAGUCACUGCUGCACCAUCCGUGGCUGGCCUUCUGAGGAAGAGCUCUGCAGGAGCUCGCAAAAGGGGAUGUGGUUCAGCCUUAAAACGAAGACUAUUUACCAUGUUCGAGGCAGAGGGUAUUUAAAAUAAGUCCAGGGCUAAACUGGUUUUUGGCUCGUGGGAUUCUUUCUUAGCUUUUGUACGUAGAUCGCCUCGCCUUGAACCAUUGCAAAAUUGUUUUCAGCCCAGUUCCAUUGCGAUAAGUUGCCGGAAUCGCGGACUUAACUAUUCAUUUUCUUUCACAAAAUAUAUAUCAAGAUCAAAGCAAGUAAUAUUUUUGGUAAGACCAAUCAAACAAACAGUCCAAAUUCCGACAACUUCAAUCAGAAUGGAACAAGGAAUGGGGGCUUUUUAGACCUGUUCCGGGCAUCCCCGAGCUUAGAUCUUAUUUGAGGAAAGUAUGUAAACUGUUAGUUCAAAAUAUCAUAACGGAUAGCGACACCCACACAUCCCUCACUCACUUCUGGGUGGUUCUAGCCAGGGACGAAAAGUAAUCAAUGUAAAUUCUAACAAGUUUGCCUCCGAAAUAGGUCUAAUGUCGAUUUUGAUCGCUUCAGUUUUCGAAAACAAAAAAGAGUUACCAAACAAGUUCAGUAAAAUAAUCGAAAUUAAUAAUAAGAACAAAGUUAUCAAAAAGACCUAGCCUAUAGAGAUUGUAAAUUGAUAUUAGACCCAUUACCCGUAAGCAAAAUGCCUUAAAAUUGUACGAUUACGAUUCACCCCCAGAUUCUCGGCAGAAGAUCGACCCGCCCGUGCCCCCCACACACUCAUGAGCAUAUUUUUUGGAUUUGUUAGCGUUUCAUUAUGUUAGAGCAAGGCUAAAGUUAAGGAGAGAUAAUAAUAAUAAUAAUUAAAAACAACGCGCUAUAACAUUAAGGCAUCUUAAGAUAAUUGAAUGAAAAAGAAAAAAACUGUUGACCAUUUAGAGAGAUGAUGAUGAUUUUUCAUGAAGAUGUUGAUGAAGACACACAUUCGCAUUGACAAAAAUCGAUCGUACACUAUUUAUAUAGAUAUUUAUAUUAGAUACAUGUGUAAUUUCUAACUAUUACGUACUAUUUACUGCCAUAGAGCUAUACACUCCCUCGCACCUGCCCCCCAAGCCCCUAGGAACUGACACUAAAAAGUUGAUUUAACUCACA